AUGUCAAAUCAAUCAAAAAUAACAAAAUGUUUAUUUGAUCGUUCAAACAAGGAUUCGAGUCCUCUUUCUCGUUUUGUCUUCUCAUUUCUGCGUGCUGUUGAUCCAUAUCUGCAAUAUCUCUUACUUUUUCAGGGAUAUGGUCAUCAAAUUCUCUCCAAAGCUAAUAUUGUCACCACUUCAGCUGGACCUAAAGGGACAGUUCUAGUCAUUAUGGCAGCCGGCUGUGCCAUAAAACAGAUUAUUAACAUGGCCUACAUUUUGGAAGCAAAAAUAUCUUUUUCUGGUGUGAUAGCCAUAUGUAUCUAUAAUACAAUACUCAAUUCUCUUGCUUCAUUAUCAUCUUUAAUUUAUAGUCCAUCGAAUGAAUUAGGCAGUUUACAAUAUGUUGGCAUUUCUAUGUUUACUGUAGGUAUUUUUACUGAACUGAUUUCCGAACUUCAACGUAAACAAUUCAAAGAUAAGCCAGAAAAUCAGGGCAAACUCUAUACUGGUGGUUUAUUUUCUCUCGCACGUCAUAUUAAUUACGGUGGCUACACACUAUGGCGCACUGGACUGGCUCUAACAAGUGGAAAUUACUGGUUAGCAGCCUUACAAUUCACAUGGCAUAUGUGGGAUUUUACGAAAAGAGGUGUGCCCGAAUUAGGAGAUUAUUGUAGCAAGAGAUAUGGCGAAGAUUGGAAGAAGUACUCACGUAAUGUUCCAAAUAUUUUGUUUCCUUAUGUUUGGUAA